UUCCCUUUUACCUAAAACCUCCAAACGUGCGCGCGCUUCAUUCAACCUCCGUCUGUUGACCCCGGAGAAGCUUCGAAUCAUUCCUCCCUCGAACCGCCAUCGACCGAAUCCCGUCCAAUCACGUCUUCGUCCUCUUCCGACAUCUUUCCCUCCGAUCCUCUCUGGUUUCCGUCUCCGCGUGAUAGAAACCCAAGAUACGAUCUCGGGCACGGACUCCGACCAACCUGCAAAUCCUCCGCCCAUAUGACGACGACGACCGCGAGGGCUUCUGCUGCAUCUCUGUUCUGUUGGGUCUUCCUCAGCUCCUUUCCAGGAUACCUGUUCGCCGCGGUCGUCACGCUCGAUUCGAUCGAAAUAUAUAGGACCCACGAGUGGUUCAAGGCUAAGCCGACGGUUUAUUUCCGGUGCAAGGGGGAGAACAAGACUGUUUUGCCGGACGUGAAGGAAGCAAACGUGUCGUAUGCGUUUAAAGGUCAAGAAUCUUGGCAGCCUCUUACCGAAUUUUCAAAUGAAAAAUGCAAGCGAUGUGGGUUUUAUGAGGAGGACACUCUAAAAUCAGAUGAUACGUUUGAAGAAUGGGAGUUCUGUCCUUCAGAUUUUAGCUCUUCGGAUGGAAGAUAUACCAGAAUCAAUGAUAAGGAGUUUACUGCUACUUUUCUAUGUCCACAGUGUGUACCUCUUAUGGCUGAUACCAAUUCAACCCCUGCUGCUCAUAGAAAAGGGAAAGGAAUGCAUGUUGCGCUUGCUAUAAUGAUUAGCAUUCUAGUUUCGACUGUUCUACUUAUCGGGUUGGUAGCUGCUUACAAGUAUUGGCAGAAAAGGAAGAGGGAGCAAGAACAGGCUAGAUUUUUGAAGCUAUUUGAAGAUGGUGAUGACAUUGAGGAUGAGCUAGGGCUGGGUAGUGUGCUAUGACUUAGGUAUUCUGGUUCAUAACCUUAUUGUACAGCACAUUUUUAAUGGCGAAAAGUUUUGCUUGUAAAGUUGGACCUGAAAUAGAUUACAGUACGAAACACGCUCCUCUGUUUGUA